CCUUGCCUCACAUCGUGGCCCUUUCCGUUCCUUUUCUUUUCCGUUUGUCUACUUCAUCAUGACCUUUCGACACAAGGUCUUGUUGCUUUGUACACUAUGUAUUUUUUAUCUCUUUUUUCUUACAUUAUCACAAUUGCAAGCGAACAAGUCGGAUUUGUUUAGCGAAGAGAACGAUAAUCUCGUCAACUUUGAACCGCCUCAGUCUUGGCAGCUCGAUCCCGAAUCAGAAAUAACUCCAGACCCCUUGACGACCCCAUCCACACUGUUGCCGUCAGCAUCUCCAGCGUUACCAAUUAUCGAUCCUGACGAGAAAUACAUCACCUUCUUCACUCACAGCGGUUUCCAAAACCAACUUAUACAAGUGGAAAAUGGGAUUUUGUUGGCAUGGUAUCUGAAUCGAACUCUGAUCUUACCCAAGGCUCUUUUGGGCGAACCUUUUGGAUGGAGUCCAUUUGAUAAGCUGCAUCUGGAACACAUGAUACGCGAUCGAAGCACGUCCACCAACUGUGACGAAUAUACCAUCGAGAUACAGCAGUGGAACAUUUCGUGUCCUAAUCGCGAGCGAUAUGCACUUUUGCCGUUUGACGAAAUUUUCGAUCUUUCAUGGGCGAAACAGAACGUUAAAAUUAUUCUACGCGACCAGUCUGAUCUGAAUUGGCUAGAAACUCAGUUCGGCAUUCAGCGUGGGGGCGAAGAAAGCCGCCCCAGCGGAUCCUACGUGGACGGUGAUAUUUUAUUCUUCAAAGGUGAAACGCGGUACGAUUGGCGAAUUUUCGAUACGCCUCGUAAAGCCCAUCGAUUGGGAAAAUAUGCAGCCAGUCUGGAUAUUUACCAGUUGCGAGAGCGAUCCGAAAAGCUUAUUCAUUUCUCGAGUUUGUUCGGUACUGGCAAGCUUCCCAUUCGACGACCUGAACAUUACGAGUUCCUUCGUACGUUGCAGCGCAGUAUUACGUAUCGUCACCCUGCUGUGCUUCAACUCGCUGAAGAGCUUGUGCGCCGCUUGGGAGGCGCAGGCAACUUUAUGGGGUUACACAUAAGAUCGGGGGAUGGUUGGUUUGUCAAGGCACUUCCAGAAAAUAUCAACAGCACCGUAUCGCAAAUUAACCGUGUCGUUGCACCAACCGACCAAUGGCCACUCACGUCCAAAGUCACGGCAGGAUUCGCCCUUUCCUUGGAACAAUGUCUGGAAUUGGCCAAAACAAACAAUAUCACUUUAAUAUAUAUGGCAACGGACGCACGGGCUCCUCGAUCGACGCCGGCAUUUGAUCCUUUAUGGGCCAAUAAUCCUUGUACGUUCACAAUCGAUGAUUUGAUGGGUCCGGACGAUGAAGCUUGGAUGGCGCUCGACAAGGAGAAACAUGAACUGUCUGGAAAAAGUAUGCGCAAGUUCCUUGUGCCGUUAGUGGAUGCCACCGUGGCCAGUCGAGGUUGGCUUUUCAUCGGCAGCAAAGGAUCUACGUUUUCCGGUUAUAUUCAUCGACUUCAUGACGUAUUCUGGUCGAAUCAAAAGAUGCAAACCAUCGAAUCCAACGAUGGCUGAUCAUGGAAAUGUCUUCUCUUUUUUUUUCCCUCUUUAUUCACCCUCUUAUUUUCUGCUUUUUCCUUUCCGAUAUUCUAUUAAUCUUGUAAUUCUAUAUACCACGACAGAGCGAUCAUUGUCAUGGACUCCUGGAGAGCUCAUGGGAUGGUGAUACUAGAUUGUGUCCUGGCGACCCGCAUCCAUAGGCAGUAUUUUCUUUUUUUUUUUCUUACUAUAUUCUCUUGUAUAUAUUACGCCUCAUUCUAUUAAAUAUGAGAUGCUAGC